GUGGAGCACAGGUGUCUGUGUGUGUCUGUCUGUGACUGUGUGUGUGUGUGCGUGGAAUGCGGAGAAUAUGCUCGACUCUCGAUAUCUUAUCGUCGUGAUUUGCGCGGCUGCCUGCGCGAAUGCUCAGAUCGUACCGCUAUCGAACUAUUGCCGUCAUGUGCACACCUGGUGCACCUGCGAGCCGCAGGCGAAUCUCGUUCGCAUCUUCUGCCGGGAAGAGUACGCCAUGAUCUUGCAGAUCGCGGACACCGGCUAUAAUAUAGCCAUGAGCUAUUACGCCAGUGGGGAUAUACACUGGCUGCCGCGCCUCAAUAUCAGCCAGGUGGCGCAGUUUGAGUUCGACGCCUAUAACUAUUGGUCGGACACGUUCUUCGGAGAGCUCUUGAAUACGCUGGGCGUGGAGCAGGUGCUGAGCAUACAGUUUCGCGACCGCAGCUUCCAAGCAGACGUCCAGCUGAACCCCGAUGAAGAUGCCUUCGUAUUGGAUAUGGACUCGCCAGAUGCAGGUGGCCAAAAUGCGAGCACCUGGCUGUUCAGUGAGGUGCCCAUGCUGGAGUACUUCAAGUACGAGAGCCAUCAGCAUGUGCUCAGUGAGUCCAUAUUCCAUGCCUUCCAUAACCUGACCACAUUGGAGCUGCGCCUGUCCGUGCAUCACCUGCCAUCGCGUCUGUUCUCCAGCAUCGCGCACAGCCUGCAUACCCUCUCGAUAUCGAAUCCCUACAGGCUGCUCCUUCAGCCAGGCGUGCUGCAGGAGCUGCGCCAGCUGCGUAAUCUGACUUUGCAGCUUGCCCGCUCGCCCGAUAACAGGUCCAAGCGGCGACUGUCGCCCUUGUUCAUUUCCAUGCCCCAGCUGGAGGAGCUGCACCUGACGCGAGCCACCAGCUACGUGAAUUCAACAAUGCUUCGCGGCAGCUACAGCCUGCGCCUCAUUGGCAUCAACCGGAACCCGGAACUCACCGAGCUGCCCAGCGAACUCUUUCACGAUCAAGGCAAUCUUACCGUGCUCGACUUAUCCCGCAACGGCUUGGCCAAGCUGCCGAUGGAUCUCUUAAACGGGCUGGCCAAGCUGAAGCGGUUGGAUUUAUCGAACAAUAGGCUGACUAACUUAUCAAGUGAGUUGUUCACGUCGCUGACAUCGCUCUCCACGCUGAUGCUCAAUCAGAACCCGCUGACCUCGCUCGACCCCAGAACCUUCGGGAAUGUGCGCAGUCUCAAUCUUGUGGACAUGCGCGGCACUCAGUUCUACGGAAUCAAGCUGUGGAUGCCCUUCGAGGCGCUGGUGUGCACCAAUGACGACGUCUGCCAGUACAAGUCGGCGGACUGGGAGUGCGAUCGGCAGUGCAUUUGCUGGGUGCAGCGGCACACGCGCCAGCUCUUCGUGGACUGUCGUGGAGCGCAGCUGACGGAGCUGCCAGUGCUGCCGCAAACAACGCUGGUGCAGACAACACUCAAGUUGAGGAACAACAGCAUCAGCCAGCUGCCGGAUGCCAACGCCACUGUGGGCUAUGCGAACGUCACCAAACUGAGCCUGGCCGACAACCAGCUGAGCAGCCUGAAUGCAGUCCAGCAGCUGCCGAGUAACCUGAGUUUGCUGGAUGUCCGAUUCAACCGGAUUACUGUCUUCGAUCAGGACUUCAUCAACUAUAUGACCAACAGCACCAUGAACCUGGCCCUGGGAGGCAAUCCGCUGAGCUGUGACUGCUCGGCCCUGCCGCUGCUCGGCUUUGUGCGCGCGCAGCCCCAACGCAUCCAGGACAUGGGGGACAUCUACUGCAGCGAGUGGCCGGAUAGGCCGUUCCAGCAGUUGGACGUCGGCGAGCUGUGUCCCUCGUAUGUGCUGCUGGUCGGCUGCAUCUUGGGUGGCCUGGUCAUCGUCAUCUGCCUGUUCAGCGUGGUGUAUCUCAUCUACCAGCAGGAGCUCAAGAUAUGGCUCUACAAUCACAACCUCUGCCUCUGGUUCGUGUCCGAGGAGGAGCUGGACAAGGACAAGACCUACGAUGCCUUCAUCUCCUAUUCCCACAAGGACGAGCAGCUGAUUGGCGAGCUGCUGCCCAAGCUGGAGACCGGCCUGCACGCCUACCGCGUCUGCCUCCAUGGCCGGGAUUGGCUGGUCGGCGACUGCAUUCCCGAGCAGAUCGUGCGCACCGUCAACGACUCGAAGCGCGUGAUUAUCGUGCUCUCGCAGCACUUCAUCAACUCGGUGUGGGCGCGCAUGGAGUUUCGCAUCGCCUACCAGGCGACGCUGCAGGAUAAGCGUAAGCGCAUCAUAAUCAUCCUGUAUAAGGAGCUGGACCACUUCGAAGGCAUCGACAGCGAGCUGCGCGCCUACCUCAAGCUCAACACUUAUCUCAAAUGGGGCGAUCCCCUGUUCUGGAGCAAGCUGCGCUAUGCCAUGCCCCACAAUCGGCGCGUGCUCAAGGGGCAGAAGAAGCACGCGGGGCCGCUCAUCUGAUACGCUCUCAACAUGCAUUAGGCUAAGCUCAUUUUAAAGUCUUAAUACAUUUAAUAU